AUGUCCCUCAAGUUGAAGCCCCGCAACACGACCCACCGGCAGCAGAGCCGGCAGAUGAUUCUCAGCCUCCGGACGAUUCUGCCGAGCCUGGGAAGGACACUGCUGGAACAGGCCCCCGAAGAAAAGCCAGCAGAGGAAAAGGUAGAGGAGCAGCCGAAAAAGAAGGGCAAGAAGGGUAAGAAAGAGAAGGCCAAAAAGGAUAAGAAGGGAAAGGCUGCAAAGUCUGAGCCCGAACCUGAGCCCGAACCUACACCUGAGCCAGCUGCCGCGGAGCCUGAGCCGGCGGCAGAACCUGAGCCCGAACCAGAGCAGCCUGCUUCGAUUGAGGCUGCUGAUGCUCCGUCCCCCGAUGAGGCACCAGAGAAACCGACAGAACCGGAAGGACAGGCUGCUGAGCCAGAGGCUAAACCCGAAGAGGCCGCAGCAGAUCCUGCUGAGGAUGCUCCGCCUACAGAAGAAGAGCGUGCCAGGGAACCAGAGGCCACGCCAGCCGACGACAAAUCCGCCCCUGAGGCUGCUGAAGAAAAGACCGAUGCUGCUGCGGCUGAUCCCGUUGACGAAGCCCCGAAAGAAGUGCCUACAGAGGAAACACCUGUAGCAGAGGAGGCACUAACGCCAGCGGAAGAGCCGGAGCCGGAGCCAGAACCCAAGUCCGAACCUGAACCGCAGCCAGAUGCAGCCGAAAAUGUACCGACUGAAGCGGAGAAACCCACGGCAGAAGAGACUUCGGAAGAUCCAGCUGCAGAAAAGGCACCCGAGGAGCCAGAGGUGGCGGAUGCAACCCCCACAGAGGAGCUGGCUCCUGUAGAGGAAGCACCCACUGCAGUGACAGAACCCAUCGAGGAGAAGCCGGUUGAGGUGGCACCGAAAGAGGAGCCAGAGGCGCCGCCAGCAACCGACGUACCCGAAAGCGAGCUGGCCGCUGCUGAUGAACCCGCCAACGAUGGUCCCGCUGGUGCAGAACCUGCCGAGGAGCCUGCUGUAAAGGAGCCACCGACUGAGGACGCUUCAGAAGAGCCUGCUCAGGAGAACCCGGUUGUCGAAGAGCCCACUGUCGUGGAAACUGCUCCAAGCCCUCCAGCUGAAGAACCUGCUGCUGCUGUCGAGGAACCCGCGGCCGAUGCGCCAGCUCCUGAAGAACCUGCAGCAGAGGAGCCUCCUGCCGACAAAGAGCCCCCUGCAGAAGAAAAACCAGCGGCAGCCCCGGAAGAACAACCAUCAACUGCAAGCACCCCAGACGCUCCAACCGAAGAAGCAACUCAAGAGCCUACUCCUGAGUCGGAAGCAACUGAGCCAGUCGCGCACGCACCUGUGGAGCCACCUGCGGAAGAAGAAGCAGAGGCCCCUGCUAGCGCCUCUGCUGAAGAAGCACCUUCUGAGUCUCAGCCUGUGGAGGCACCCGCUCAAGUUAGCCCUGAAGAAGCUCCAGCUGCAGCCGAGGAGGCUCCAAAGGAGGCCCCACAAGAGGAUGCACCUGCCCCUGAAAUUCCGCCUGAAGACGUGGCUCCUGCUGAAGCUGCAUCCGAAGAGGCACCAGCAGAUGCGCCUGCCCCCGAGGAGCCAGCAUCAGAAGCCGACGCAGCCCAAGAAGCCCCCGCCGAAGAGCAACCAGCGGAGGAUCCAGCUCCUGCUGAGGCUCCUGCUGAGGCAACUCCGGCUGUUGAAGAACCUGCACCCGAGGAGACGCCUGCAUCAGCAGAUCCCGCGCCAGAGGAAGUCAUUGCUGGUGCAGAAGUACCCCGCGAGGAGCCCGCCGAAGAACCCACCGAGGCAUCAACCGAAAGGCGUAACUCGCGGCGCCGCAAGCGGCGGUCCACCUACGUGGAGCGCGAGCGCCGCCACUCCAAGACCUCAUCUGAAGGGCGCCGGGAUCAGCUUCGGCGCCAGAAGAGCGAACGUGGCCUAUUCACCAACCGAUGGGCCAAGGCUCUGGAAGAGGCCCGGAGGCAGCACGACGAAAAGGUUCGAGCCGACACGCACAGCCAGAGAAAGCAACGCGCACUAGUCGUCGAGCGAGAGCGCAGCGGCGUCCCACCAUCCGAGAAGCCGAGACGCUCUGAGCGCGCCGCUGCAAAGGAGCGGGACGCAGACUUCAUUGAAACUAAGCCUCGUCGCCGUUCGUCUGAUGAUCACUCGGCAGAAAGCCAAGCGCGAGAGCAGGCCCGUUCCUCCAAACCUCCGGCGUCCUCGAAGGGGGCCCCGGUCCCGGCACCCAAACCCCGUGCGUUCCUGCGAUACAUGACUAACGGCCAGUCGGAUACCAACGGGCCUCUUCUGCGCGUGAACACCACCAAAGCCGCCGCCCCGGCACCCGAGAAGCCGCGGCGCGCCUCAACAAGUCAUAGUCACGGCAGCGGCCGUCACGAGCGUCCGUCGAGCGAAGAGAAACGCUCCAGUGGCCGGUCCAGUGGAUCUCAUUCUCGGCACGACGACGACAACUCCCGGCACGAGGCUUCCAAAUCGCGGAGACGCGCCCCCGACGAGUCGGGACACAGCAAGCCGCGGGAGCGAGAGAGAAAGCCUGAGAGCUCCCGUCGCCAGCACCAGCACCCAAGCGGCCGCGAGCAGAGGACUCAUCAUCGCCGGCACCGGCGUGAGGAGUCCCCGCCUCCGCCGCCGCGGGAGGAUUCGAAGCUGAAGGGAAUUUGGAGAGCCAUUACUGCUUAUUAA